CCGUCGUCCAGACCCAUACUCGCAUCAGAGAGUUUCUUCCUAACCCUCUGCCAGCGGAAAAUUUUGUCCUUUACUCUCGAAAAAUGGAAGGUUGUGAAAUCGAAGUGUAGAAGAAUUAGGGAUUUGAAUAGUUAUGGAUGGUAAUAAGGAUGAUGCGUCUCGUUGUUUGAGAAUCGCCGAAGACGCCAUUGCUUCUGGUGAUAAAGAACGAGCGUUGAAAUUUAUCAAUAUGGCGAAACGGCUUAAUCCAAGUCUCUCUAUUGAUGAACUUAUUGCUGCUUGUGACAAUCUGGAUUCAAUUUCGAGGAAUUCGUCUGUUAGUGAGAAGCUUAAAACUGUGGAUGGUGAUGAUGAUGAUAAGCUUGAGACUGGGAAAAUCAAGUAUACUGAGGAAAAUGUGGAGUUGGUUAGGAAUAUUAAGAGGAACAAUGAUUAUUAUGCGAUUUUGGGUUUGGAAAAGAAUUGUUCGGUUGAAGAGAUUAGAAAAGCUUAUAGGAAGUUGUCUUUGAAAGUUCAUCCAGAUAAGAACAAGGCUCCUGGUUCAGAGGAGGCGUUUAAGAAAGUUUCGAAAGCGUUUACUUGUUUGAGUGAUGGUAACUCGAGAAGCCAGUAUGAUCAGGUGGGGAUUGUUGAUGAGUUUGAUCAUGUUCAGAGGCGGAGUCGUAGGCCGAGGAGGAGAUAUAACACGCGGAAUGAUUUCUUUGAUGAUGAGUUUGAUCCUGAUGAGAUAUUCAGGGCGUUUUUUGGUCAACAACGAGAUAUGUUCCGUGAUUCUCGUGCUUAUAGGACUAGACAAGCACGUAACCAAUUCCGAGAGGAGGAGCCUAAUGUGGCUGGACCAAGCUGUUUGACGAUUAUUCAGAUUCUACCAUUCUUUCUGCUUUUGUUACUGGCUUAUCUACCCUUUUCUGAGCCCGACUAUUCUCUGCACAAGAACCAGUCUUAUCAGAUACCAAAGACGACGCAGAAUAUGGAGAUUAGCUUUUAUGUUAGAUCAGCAUCAGCCUUUGAUGAGAAGUUUCCGCUUGGUAGCUCUGCUCGAGCCAACCUUGAGGGCAACGUGAUCAAAGAGUACAGACACUUUCUUUUCCAGUCUUGUCGUAUUGAGCUCCAAAAACGGAGGUGGAACAAGAAGAUACCAACCCCUCACUGCAACGAACUUCAUGAUCGUGGAUUUGUUGACAGGCAAAUACCGAUAUGAUACCAGUUCAAAACUGUCCAACAUUCGCUGAAGACCUGCCAGAUUUUGAUGUUCCAGAGGUUCUUGGGCUGACCGUAUAAACAGUAAUGUAUGCA